UACAUAUAUAUGAAUGUGCAUACAUCGAUUUUUUUCAAGAUGGUACUGUCAGUGAAAAUAUAUCAAUGCUGAGAUAUUUUUUGUACAAUGUCAAUAACGGGAGACAUUCUGUUUAUUCACAAUACAAUUCAUAACGGAUUGCCGUGGUUUGCAAAGUGAAUUAGAGCUGUUUUGUUAAGCGUCAUUUCUUCUCGUUAACGCAGCUGCACCGGCUGAAUAUGUUUUGUCUCCGCGAGAGCGUCUCGAAAUUAUCGCGAAAUAACGUCGUAAUAGAAUAAUCGUCAACUGCUGCUGUUGUCUCCCGUCAUUCUGGUCGUAAAACGGACAAUGCGUAACGACAAAUGCAUUAUCACGGCGCGAAACAGUCGAAAUAUCGCGCACAACAAUGCCGGACGUGCGCGGACAAUAUAUUCACGGUCGUCCAAGUGGUAGUUACAGUUACAAGUCUAUAUAGAGGACACUCGCUUAAGAAUUACGGGCAUUCAUCUUCAAAUAUCCAGCAUGUUACGUAUUUUAACUUUGGUUCUCUACCUACGCCUGUCUUCCGCCACGCAGCCAUCGGAAGUAACGUCGUACGCGAGAAUAACGAGAAACGGUCAGCCAGGAAGAAGCUCUCAGGAUUCUUUCUCGUGGAUCACCAGGCCCGUAGCGAGAAACAAUACGAGUGCGGAGAGCGAGAGUAGAAGUAUAAAUGACGUUGUUAUCACAGCAUCGCCCGUAUACGUUCCGCCCGGGGCCCCGAAGCUGAAGAAAGGCGAAGCAAUCGACCAUCAUCCGGUCGGCCCAAGAUACUCGACGCUGGAUCACGAAAUGAUAGCCAAGCUGGACGCGAACAAGAUGCGAAUUCAACAGCGGUUUAAUCCACCCGCGGCUGGACUCUUCGACAAGGAUUCUUUUUCCAACGCAAACGGAAGGCCGCAGAAGAGACCGACGAGUAUAUCGAGCGCAAUCAGCUCUUCGAGCAUAAACUCAUCUGCCUUCCCCGGUCCGAUCUUCCCUGGCAUAUACGAAUAUAGACCAAUGGGACCAGUCGUCCUCGACGACGAGUCACCAAUGUCCAAGCCAAUAAUCAGUAAAUAUCCCCCCGCACCCAUGGACGACAAGAUUCCAGAUUCCUACAAACCGCCGCCGGACAAAUAUCACCCAGGCGACGAACACGAAACGGACUAUCCCGGUUUUGAAAUAGCUUCCUCGUACGAGAAUGACGGACCCGGGCCGAAACCUGGGAAAUUUGCAAACCAUCAUGACCAUCCGCCACCGUUCGUAGAGGACACAUUCGAGCACGAUCAUCACGAUUUUCAUCACGACGUGAUCUACGAUCACAUACCCGUGUAUCACGAGCAUCAUCCCAAGACCACGACAGAGGAGCCGGAAAUGAACGACCAGCGACUCGACAAGAGGCCCUACUCGUAUUACUUUAUAGGCAAGAAGCUCUGGUACAUACCGCUGUAUUUCAGCAUCUAUUUUGUAAUAUACAUAGCGGCGCUCGUACUGAAGAGUGUCGCCCGACACAAGAUCAAUUUUCCGACUCACUUGGCGGAGGCCGUGAAUCAUCGUAGAAGACGUGAAUCUAGCGAAGGAUGGCAGAAUUUUGCCGAAAGAAUACUCGAAGGGAUAGAACGAUUUUCUGAAUUGUCCGGUGAAGAUCCUGAAUAUUAUUAUUGAAUAAAACUGCUGCUGAAAAAAGUUCCAAGAAAAAAAACGUAUUCCUAAUAAUCAUCUUAUUAUCCGCUUGAGUACUUACAUUCGAGUACUUUUGAAUACAAACGGUACAUACGAUUGAGUAUAGAGAUAAGUCCACGAUGUGUAAGAUAUUGUUAAGAUCGUUUAUCAUUAAUAAUAAUUAUUAUGUGUAAAUAAUUAUU